UAUUAAUUAUUAUUCAAAGUCGGCUGGCUCGCUCUGCAUUCCAAAAUCAAAACGAUCACCGCUUCUCUAAAUCACAAUAAACCAAACUCAAAACGAAAUCCAAAUCUCACAAUCAUUAUUCCUAAUUUUGUCGUUCAAAGCAAAAAUUGUAGAUCGAGUAAUCAAUCAAUAAUCAAAGCACCAAAUCGGAAAAAAAAAAUGGAGACGCUGAUGGAAGAUGUAGAGUACAGCUGGAAAGAAGUGUCUCUGCCGUCGCUGAUUGAACCGGAACUCGACAGAGAAACCGGCGAGAGGAGAAGAGGCCGUGACAUAAUAAUCGCCGUCGAUCAUGGCCCUAACAGCAAGCACGCCUUCGAUUGGGCCGUCACCCAUCUCUGCCGCCUCGCCGACACCCUCCACCUCGUCCACGCCGUCUCCAGUUUCAGUAACCAGAUUGUUUAUGAGUCGACUCAGGGCCUCAUGGAGAAGCUCGCCCUCGAGGCUUUUGAGGUUGCUAUGGUGAAAACAAAGGCUAGGAUUGUCGAAGGAGACGCCGGCAAGGCAAUAUGCAAGGAAGCAGAGAGGUUGAAGCCUGCCGCUGUUGUAAUGGGCACCAGAGGCCGAAGCUUCAUUCAAAGUGUCCUACAGGGAAGCGUAAGUGAAUAUUGCUUCCACAACUGUAAAACAGCACCGGUAAUUAUUGUUCCUGGGAAAGAAGCAGGGGAGGAAUCUGUUUUGUAAAAGGAACAUGCAAACGGGGCCUCAACCAUCGUUCAUGAGAGUCUCAACAGCAGAAUGAUUUCGCUCUAUUGGAUGUGAGUGUAAAUUUAAUGUUUUUACUGUAAUAUAAUUUAUCAUGUGUGAUUGACUAUGUAUUAGAUUCUAUUAUUGCAAAAACUAAAAAAGAAAAAAAAAACUCUUAUUUGUGAUUUGUGAAUUGAUUUUCGAUUUUUGGUGGGGAUUAUUUGAGAUUCUCUUCAAGUAAAAGACACAGAACAAGUAGUAAC